GCCAUCGGGCGACUUCUUCUUCGUGCCUCCGCUCAGCCAUCCCCGGCCCCCUACCCACCGCCGUGGUGCUCUGCUUCCCCGGUCGCCCAUGGGGUCCCUGACCGCCGCCGAUGAGCCGCUGCCGCCGCUCAAGUACCCUCAGGCCCGCCGUGACGACGGCAUUGUAGACGACUACCAUGGCGUCCUCGUGCCGGACCCAUACAGAUGGAUGGAGGAGCUGGACUCGGAGGAGGUGAAGCAGUUCGUGGACGCGCAGGCGGCCGUGUCCGACGCCGUGCUGUCCACCUGCGACCACCGCGGGCGCCUGCGCGGGCAGCUCACCGCGCUCUUCGACCACCCGCGCUUCCGCGCGCCGCUGAAGCGCGGCGGCAGCUACUUCUUCUUCCACAACCCGGGGCUCCGGCCGCACAGCGCCCUCUACGUGCAGCACGGGCUGGGCGGCGACCCCCGCGUGCUGCUGGACCCCGCCGCCUUCAGCGAGGACGGCACGGUGUCGCUCGGCGUGGUCGGCGUGAGCGACGGCGGUGACCACCUGGCCUACGGCACCAGCGGCAGCGGCAGCGACUGGGUCACCGUCAGGGUCAUGCGCGUGCGCGACGGGGAGCACCUGCCCGACACACUGGCCUGGGUGAAAUUCUCGCGCAUCGCGUGGACUCGAGACGGGCUGGGGUUCUUCUACUCUCGUUUUCCAGCUCCAAGGGAUGGUGAAGCGGUGGAUUCUGGGAUCAAGACUGACGUCAACCUCAACCACGAAGUCUACUACCAUUUCCUUGGGACGGACCAGUCGCAGGACGUGUUGUGCUGGAGAGACCCUGACCAUCCCAAGUACAUCUACAUCCCUGAAGUCACUGAAGACGGCAAGUAUGUGAUCCUUUCGGUUUCAGAAACUUCAGACCCCGUGAACAAACUGUACUACUGCGAUCUCUCAGCUCUUGCCCAUGGUCUGGAAGGCCUGAAGGGCACCCACGGCGUGCUCCCCUUCGUUAAGCUCGUGGACAGGUUCGAGGCGCACUACGGCCUCAUCGCCAACGACGGCACCGAGUUCACAUUCCUCACCAACAAGGACGCUCCGAGGUACAAGCUGUCGAGGGUCGACGUCGACGAGCCCGGAUCGUGGGCAGACGUCCUUCCUGAGGACGAGAAGGCUGUCCUGGAAUCGGCCUGCGCCGUCCAUGGCGACAAGCUCCUGGUGAACUACCUGUCCGAUGUCAAGUACGUCCUGCAGAUGAGGAGCUUGGUUACUGGGGAGCUGCUUCGUGACAUACCCAUUGACAUCGGCACCGUCAACGGGAUCUCCGGUAGACGAGUGGACUCUGAAGUGUUCGUCGAGUUCGCGAGCUUCCUUACCCCGGGAAUCAUCUAUAGGUGCGAUGUCAGCACUGAGGUCCCGGAGAUGAACGUGUACAGAGAGAUUUCAGUUCCUGGCUUCGAUCGAAACGAGUUCGAAGCAAAGCAGGUGUUCUACCCAAGCAAGGACGGAACCAAGAUCCCGAUGUUCAUCGUCUCCAAGAAGAACCUGGACCUGAACGGAUCGCACCCGGCGCUGCUGUUCGGCUACGGCGGCUUCGGCAUGAGCGUGACGCCGCAGUUCAGCGUCGCCCGCGUGGUCCUCAUGCGGAACCUGGGGUUCGUGGCGUGCGUCGCCAACAUCCGGGGCGGCGGGGAGUACGGCGAGGGCUGGCACCGCUCUGGGUCCCUCGCGAACAAGCAGAACUGCUUCGACGACUUCGCCGCCGCCGGCGAGUUCCUCGUCGCCGCGGGGUACACCAGCCCGGCGAGGCUGUGCAUCGAGGGCGGCAGCAACGGGGGGCUCCUGGUGGCCGCCUGCUUGAACCAGCGGCCUGAUCUGUUCGGGUGUGCUCUGGCUCACGUGGGGGUGAUGGACAUGCUUCGGUUCCACAAGUUCACCAUAGGCCGUGCGUGGACGUGCGACUUUGGGUGUUCGGAGAACGAGGAAGAAUUCCACUGGCUUAUCAAGUACUCUCCCCUCCACAACGUGCGGCGGCCGUGGGAGGAGGCCGGCGACGACCCCCGCCGCGGCCGCCAGUACCCUCCGACCAUGCUGCUGACGGCCGACCACGACGACCGCGUGGUGCCGUCGCACACGCUCAAGUUCCUCGCGACGAUGCAGCACGUCCUGCGCGCGGGCGCGGAGGGCAGCCCGCAGACGAACCCCAUCAUCGCCCGGAUCGAGCGCAAGAGCGGCCACGGCUGCGGGCGCUCCACGCAGAGGAUCAUCGACGAGGCGGCGGAUCGGUACGCGUUCGCGGCGAAGAUGAUGGGAGUGUCCUGGAUCGAUUGACUGACCCCCGGCCCGACUCACCGUGCGAAGCUGGCAGGAGCUCGUGAGGGUUCGACUUCGACGCACACCAUUGGCUGCCUUACACAGGAUGCAGGUGCUGGUGCUGGGGUGGUAGGCUAGAUGGAACCGGUAGUGACGUAUUGUACUAUAACUGGCUAACUGCCCGGGUUGCCAAGAUUACAUGGAUAUACUUACAUGAUGUGUGCAUAUACGUAACAGGAUGUGUUUCAGUGUUC